UUUCCUCCUUUCUCCGGAUCUCUCUCUCUCUCUCUCUCUCUCUCUCGCCGGAGUUCAUGGCCUCCUCCUCGAGCGGCUCUCUCCCCGCUCCGGAGGCCGUGCACGUGCUGGUAUCGUCCCUGGCGGACGAAUCCCCCGUCGUCAGAGAGGCAUCUCUGGAAGCGCUCCAGGGCAUCGCACCUUUGAACCCGAUGCUUGUGCUUGAUUGCUGCUGCUCGGUAUCUAGAGGAGGGCGUAGGAGGUUUGGAAACAUGGCGGGGGUUUUCGAUGUGAUGGCAUGUGCAGUGAGGGCUAUGGAUAGGGAGGAUGUGGAUCCUGCUUUCAUGGAUCGGCUUGCGAAGAUGGUGACAGCUGAAAUGGUCACUUCCAAGGAGGUAAAUGCUGAUUGGCAAAGGGCUGGUGCUGGUCUUCUUGUUGCUAUAGGAUCUCAUGUGCCUGACCAGAUGAUGGAGGAGAUUUUUACUCACAUAUCAGGACCUAAUUCAGCUCUACCUCUGAUGGUUCAGAUACUUGCAGAAUUUGCUUUAGCUGAAGCUUUGCAGUUCACUCAUAGACUGAAAGAUGUUCUUUUAAGAGUGUUGCCUGUCCUCGGAACUGUGAAGGAUACCCAACGACCUGUUUUUGCUAAUGCAUUUAAGUGCUGGUGUGAGGCUGUUCGACAGUGUGCUGUGAGCUCCACUUGCGAUCCUGUUUUGGAUAAUGAUGUAAUGUCAUUUCUAAAUUCUGUUUUUGAGUUACUGCUAAGAGUUUGGGCAAGUUCACGAGAUCUCAAGGUGCGACUCUCAUCUACUGAGGCCCUAGGACAAAUGGUUGGUUUGAUAACGCGCUCUCAAUUGAAGGCAGCUUUACCUAGGCUUAUCCAAACUAUAUUGGGCUUAUAUAAAAAAGAUCAGGAAAGUGUAUUUAUUGCUACUUGUAGUAUGCAUAAUCUUCUCACUGCCUGUUUACUAUCAGAAGCUGGCCCCCCUUUACUCGACUUUGAGGAUCUUAAUCUUAUCCUAUGCACGCUUCUUCCAGUAGCAUGCAUUAAUAACUACAAUGAUGACCAUGUAGACUUCUCAUUGGGUUUGAAGACCUAUAAUGAAAUUCAGCAUUGCUUUCUGGUAAUUGGAUCAGUUUAUCCAGGGGACCUUUCGUCUUUCCUUUUAAAUAAGCUCAAUUCAAAAGAUGAACUUGUCAUGGUUGGAGGUCUCUCUGUUAUAAAGCAUCUAUUGCCAAGGCUAUUGGAAGCUUGGCAUGGCAAAAGGGGUCUACUUCUUGAUGUUGUCAAGUCACUGCUGGAUGAACAGAAUUUGGGUGUUCGAAAGGCACUUGCAGAGCUGCUUGUUGUGAUGGCCUCACAUUGUUAUUUAAGUGGACCGUCUACAGAGGUGUUCGUUGAAUAUCUUGUGUGCCACUGUGCUAUAACAGAGGAGGAAAUUAAACACCUCAAGACAUCCAAAGAGAUCAUAUGGAGAGGUGCCCGUUUUCAACCAUUUCAAUAUAAAAAAUUGGAGGUUGCCAUGGGUCCUGUUUCUCCUGAAGAAUUAAGAGCUAUUUGUGAAAAGGGACUCCUUUUGUUGGCUAUCACCAUUCCUGAAAUGGAGCACAUUCUGUGGCCGUUUCUCUUAAAGAUGAUUAUUCCUCAGGAAUAUACAGGUGCAGUUGCAACGGUUUGCAAAUGCAUUUCUGAAUUAUGCAGGCGGAGGUCUUCCUAUUCUGGUUCAGUCUUUAUUGAACCUAAUUCUUCUGAUGGUUUUCCUAAUCCAGAGGAACUAUUUGCCCGCUUGGUUGUGCUUCUACAUAAUCCUCUUGCCAGAGAACAGCGAGCGUCUCAAAUUUUGAUGGUCUUAUGCUACUUAGCACCGCUGUUUCCGAAGAACCUUGUAAUAUUUUGGCAAGAUGAGGUGCCUAAAAUGAGGGCAUAUAUCAGUGAUCCAGAAGACUUACGGCAGGAUUGUACAUAUCAAGAUACAUGGGAUGAUAUGAUAAUUAAUCAGUUCUUAGCAGAGUCUUUGGAUGUUGUUCAAGACAUUGAGUGGAUAAUGGCAUUGGGUAAUGCUUUCACAAGGCAAUAUGUUCUAUAUGCUGCUGAUGAUGAACAUUCAGCACUACUUCACAGAUGUCUUGGAAUGCUUCUUCAGAAGGUUGAUGAUAGAGGUUAUGUUCAUGAGAACAUAGAAUGGAUGUAUAAGCAUGCGGAUAUUUCAGUUCCUACUAAUAGGCUUGGUCUUGCUAAAGGCAUGGGGUUGGUUGCAGCUUCUCAUUUGGAUACUGUUUUGGAAAAGCUGAAGUCUAUUUUGGACAGUGUUGGGCAUAGUCGGUUCAGAAGGUUUCUGUCCUUUUUCUCUAGCAAAUCCAAAAUUGAAGAUCCAGAUGAUAUCUAUGCUGCACUUGCCCUAAUGUAUGGAUAUGCUGCAAGAUAUGCUCCAUCAACAGUAAUAGAAGCUAGAAUUAAUGCUCUUGUGGGUACUAAUAUGCUUUCUCGGCUCCUUCACGUUCAAAAUCCUACUGCAAAGCAAGCUGUUAUCACGGCGAUUGACUUAUUAGGUAAUGCUGUCAUUAAUGCGGCUGAAAUGGGUGUUUCAUUCCCACUAAAGCGUAGAGACCAGUUGCUUGAUUAUGUAUUGACUUUGAUGGGUAAAGACGAAAGCAAUGAUUUUUUUGAUUCAAAUCUUGAACUUCUUCACACUCAAAGCCUUGCUUUAAAAGCUUGUACUACGUUAGUUUCUAUUGAACCAAGGUUGCCAAUGGAGACGAGAAAUCAUGUUAUGAAGGCUACCCUAAGCUUUUUUGCUUCGCCUAAUGAUCCAUCAGAUAUUGUUGAUCCAUUGAUAGACAAUCUCAUUACUCUUUUGUGUGCGAUUCUUCUAACAAGCGGUGAAGAUGGUCGGAGCAAAGCAGAACAGCUCCUACAUAUUCUUAGACAGGUUGACAUAUAUGUUUUUUCUCCUGUGGAGCACCAAAGGAGAAGAGGCUGUGUUGCUGUAUAUGAGAUGCUGCUAAAAUUUCGCAUGCUUUGUUCUGGUGGUUAUUGUGGGCUUGGUUGCCUUUCAAAUUGCCCUCAUGACAAUCAAAUCGAUAGAUCGAUGCAAAGAAACAUCUCAAAUUUACCACCUGCAUUUGUAUUGCCGAGCAGGGAUUCUUUGAGCUUGGGAGAAAGGAUCAUUGCUUAUAUUCCACGCUGUGCUGAUACUAAUUCUGACAUUAGGAAGGUUGCAGUUCAGAUCAUAGCUCUAUUUUUCAACAUAUCCUUAUCACUUCCAAAAUCGGUUACAUCCAGUAAUGAUGUUGACUUAGAAGUAUCAUAUAGUGCCCUGUCGUCUCUUGAAGAUGUGAUAUCCAUAUUGCGAAGGGAUGCAUCCAUUGAUCAGUCGGAGGUUUUCAAUAGGGUCAUCUCAUCUGUCUGUAUUUUACUAUCAAAGGAUGAGCUGGUUAUAUCCUUAUACUCGUGCAAAGCUGCACUCUGUGAUAAGGUCAAACAGUCAGCUGAUGGUGCUAUUCAAGCUGUUAUUGAGUUCAUUACUAAAAGAGGCAGUGAACUGAAUGAAGCUGACAUAUCAAGGACAACACAAUCUUUGCUGUCUGCUGCAAUGUCAGUGAAUGACAAACAUUCUCGCCAAGAAAUUCUCAAUGCUAUAUCAUGCCUGGCGGAGAACACCAUUUCAAAUGUUGUUUUUCGUGAGGUUUUGGCUGCUGCUGGCCGAGAUGUAGUCAGAAAGGACAUAUCCAGGAUGCGUGGUGGCUGGCCAAUUCAAGAUGCAUUUUAUGUUUUUUCCCAGCAUCUGGUUCUGUCAAAGUUGUUUCUGGAAUAUGUGGUGUCUGUGCUUGACCGGGUGCCAGUAGGUAAAGGUGAUGCAGAUAAAGUAGAGAGUACUAGCCAUUUCACAGAGGUGACAAGUGAAGAAGAUAUUUUGCAGGCAGCUGUACUUGCUCUUACUGCAUUUUUCAGAGGAGGUGGGAAGACUGGAAAGAAAGCAGUUGAGCAAAGUUAUUCUGUUGUUCUCUCUGCACUGAUACUUCAACUAGGAAGCUGCCAUGGUUUGAGUGGAUUGGAUCAUCAAGACAAUUCACGGAUUAUUUUAACUGCAUUUCAAUCAUUCUGUGAUUGUGUUGGUGACUUUGAGAUGGGAAAGAUUUUGGCUAGGGAUGGGGAUCACAACGAGAAUGAUAAGUGGAUUUUCCUAAUUCAUGAGGUUGCAUCCUGUACUUCCAUGAAACGACCAAAAGAGGUUCCACAUAUAUGUAUGAUCUUAAGCAAAGCGUUGAAUAGGCAUCAAAGGUAUCAAAGAGAGGCUGCCGCUGCUGCAUUGUCAGAGUUUGUCCAUCACAGUAAUGGAGUUUCUUCCUUGUUGGAACACAUGGUCGAAGCUUUGUGUUUGCACGUCACAGAUGAGUCACCAACUGUUAGAAGUCUUUGUCUGAAAGGACUUGUACAGAUACCAGCUUGUCAUAUGCUUGAUUACAUUGCACAAGUCCUCAGGAUCAUAGUAGCUUUACUUGAAGAUCCUGAUGAAGCUGUUCAGUUAACUGCUGUGCAAUGCUUAUUGACGGUUCUUGAGUCCUCACCUAAAGAUGCCGUCGAACCCAUCUUAGUGAAUCUCUCUGUCCGGUUGCGAAAUCUCCAGAUAUCCAUGAAUGGGAAGAUGCGGUCAACUGCAUUCGCGGCCUAUGGAGCACUAAGCAACUAUGGUGGUCCUCAACAUCAGGCUUUUAUCGAGCAGGUGCAUACGACCUUUCCCCGACUAAUUCUUCAUCUCCAUGAUGAUGAUCUAAGUGUUCGCAAAGCCUGUCGGAACACCCUCAAACAAGUGGCACCACUGAUGGAAGUAGAUGGCCUGUCUUUGAUCUUCAACAGGCAUUUUUUCAACUCUGACCGCAGAGGUGACUAUGAAGAUUUCAUAAGGAACCUAUCAAGGCACCUCUGUCAGAUCUCAUCCAUGAGGGCUGAUGUCUACCUAGGGGCAACAAUCCAGGCAUUUGAUGCUCCUUGGCCAUCAAUACAAGCAAAUGCAAUUUACUUUGCUUGCAGCAUGCUCCCACUUUUAGAGGAUCAGCGAUCUGUAGCCCCGUACUUCUUGCAGGUAUUCUCGAUCUUAGUGGGCAAAAUGAGCAGAUCACUUGAUCUGAUUGUUCGAGCCACAUGUUCUUAUGGUCUGGGACUUCUGCUCAAGGCUUCCAACCCAGCCACUUGGUCGGUACCAGUACUUGAUCGGUUGGACUCCACCCGAAGUUCUCAAGAUUGAGAUUUGAUUGCCAAACCCUACCAAGCCACCUGCAAGAACAUGAAGUCACAGUGACGUGCCACCAGACGCCUUGUUUAUUUUGCCAGCCCCUUUCAUGCUCAGAUGUAUAUGCAAGCCUAAACUUAUUGUAUUCCUAUUUGUACUUAUUCUUCUUUUUUUUCCCUUUUUUAUUUUCAUGUUUGUAUUUUUAUUUAUUUAUUUUUAAUCACCAUAAACUCACACUGCUUCUGUAUAGAUAGUGCUUCUGUAUAGAUAGUGUGGCAUCUUUACUCAUAAUCAUGUAUAUUAAUACAAGCUCGAAGGCGCAUGCUUGUGCA